AUGCAAAACGAACAAUUUGACGAUUUCGUAGCCACGUUGCAGUCCUUCAGGGAUCUGAAAUCCGGCAUCUCAGGGUCCCGUAUUAAAAAACUGACCUCAUACGCUCUUGACCAUGUGGACCAGGAGCCGCAGCUCAUGCAAUUGAUCAUAGACUACUCCCGCGAAACGCUUGCGACCCACAAACUGGGCUCCUUGUACAUUAUAGACUCGAUCGGUAGAGCGUAUCUCGAGCAGGCUCGCGCGCGCGAUGACUACAUCAAACCUACCGCUAAAGAAGGAUCUUGCGCCCAUGGCGUGUACCUCUUGGGCGAAGCCAUCCAGGAACUUCUAGGCGACGCUAUCAGCAAGAGUGACGAGGAUCAUAAGGAGAAGAUUAGGACCCUGAUCGACAUCUGGGAUAGAAGUGGCCUUUUCCAAAAAGGGUAUCUCAACGCUGUGAGAGCUAAAUGGUUCUCAUCGCUCAGCAGCACCGCUGCAGCUCCCGGUACUGCAACUGCACAACCUAAUAGCACUUUCGUCUUUUCAAAGGACCCUGCCGAACGAUGCAUCGACAUCUUGAAUAACCUGCAGCCCAUGUCUCAGGUACCUAGAGUCGCUGUCCCAGCCAACUUGCAAUCUGCGGAUGUAGCUUUACAACAUGCUGCUCUGUUCCAGUUCUUGGUGGAUCUUCAGCAAAACGGAAUGCCCGUAACGGCCCCAAUAGCAGCUCCCGUGAUACCACCCCAGCCGGUUCCCAGACAAAGCAACCACAUGAACGUUAAUGACCAGUACAUGCAAAAUCAAAGAGAGGAUAGACGCGACCGCUACAACAACAACAACAACAACAACAACAACAACUCUUUCUUAAGAAGAACGAGAUCUCGUAGUCCUCCACGGAGAGAAAAUUUCAGAAGCUCCGAGGGCCCUAACGCCUCCAACAACCAUCACCUGUAUCCUGGUGAAGAGAACGUCCCAAGUAGCUCUCAUUUCAGACCUAAACCCGUGUCUGUAGAUCACACAGUCCCACCAGACCACAUUAAGGUUUUCAGUCGUACGCUGUUUGUGGGUGGUGUUCCUCCUUCUAUGAAAGAGUACGACAUCGCCCACGUACUAAGACCGUACGGAGAGGUGCAAAGCGUGAUUUUGAACAGCUCUAGAAAGCAUGCCUUUGUGAAGGUUUACUCCAGACGCGAGGCCGAAAACGUACUCAACAAUUUUAACAAGGACGGGUCAUCUCCGCUAAGAACUAGAUGGGGUGUUGGAUUUGGACCUCGAGACUGUUGUGAUUACCAGCAUGGCUACAGCGUAAUACCGCUGCAUAGACUUACCGAUGCGGAUAAAAAAUGGACGACAAAUGCCGAGUGGGGUGGAACAGGUGGCCAGCCUUUGCAGCCAGGCUUGGCCUUCGAAGAACCAGAUAUCGUGGUGGGAGAAGGUGUCUCUUCUAAAGCCAUAUCUCAGAAGAUGCCUACGGAUAGUGGGAGAAAUGGUCCUAAAUCUGGGAAGCCAGUCAGAAGCCCUGCGUACCGCAACUCUCCGGGCCAGGGUCAGUUUUAUGGACAGAUGGCAUCGGGGCCCAUGCAGGCUCAAGUGCCUGUUCAGGCUCAAUACCCACCUGCAGGAUAUGGAGCUAGCCCGCCUAUACAGUCGUACGGCAUGCCGCCUGCGAUGCCACCACAGGGUCCACCGGCUAUGUACGGAGCUCAGCAAGCUCCUCCGGCGCAACAACCUCAAUUCGAUCCGACUGCACAGCUCAAUUCUUUAAUGAGCAUGCUCAAUCAACAAAAAUGA